AUGUUGGGCCAGGUCAAACCCCCAACUAAGACGUUCGUCACCAAGGACUCCUUGCCCAAUGACCAAUGGAAAUUGGACUUACAAAAAUCUAUCACAGACCUCUCUGCCCAGGUCAAUACUCUACAGGCCAAUCUCAACCAAAUGUCAGGACCGGCUCUACCAAACCCGAACAAUGAUGGGCCCAUUUCCAAGAAGCCUCUAGCUGACGACCAAUGGAAAUCAACCAUGCAUCAAAUGCUCACUAAACUAUGUGUCAAGGUGAACAACCUCGAAUCCGAACUCCGGGACCUAAAAUUACAAACAUGUGCACCUCUAAAUGAAGGCACACCCCACACCAUCCGAAUCGGCUCCACAAGCCCGCCUGCCCCGCCAGCAAAAAUACCGCGGCCGAAGGCACCCAAUAGCAGCAGUGAGCCUCCCAGCUAUUGCUCAAAAGUGGACAAACCCGCAAAACCGAGCCCCAAAAAAGGACCGACCACACCAGCUUCUCAACCCCUACUGCAGCCGCCAGUACCCACACACCUUUUGACGAAAGUGAUGGGCCGCCCGAUGCCGGACAAAACUUUCCACAAAAUGGAUGACGUAACUCCGGUGACACCCUGGGCAGUAGAAAAGACUAUAGCCCACCUCAAUAAGUUAAAACCAUGCACCGUGAUUAUCGUGAGGGAUCAUGUGCUUAAGAAGACUAUAACGUGCUCGAAGUGUGGAGAAGCUGGCCAGAACAUCAACACCUGUGAUGGCGACGACGUAUACGAAAGCCAAUAG